CGUAUAUUUUGCCGUGAUUUCGUUUAUUCUAAAGUUUAAAAUUGUACUGGAUUGUAGAUCCUGUAACGUGCUUUAACUAGUAAUUAUUCUCUUGUGUGUGCUACAUUGAAUCACGAAGUUAUCAUCAGAAUUGAUUACUAUAUUUCGGCUGAACCGAGAAGCCUAAAUAACAAGUGAUAGUACGGCAUCAUCCGCUGUUGUGUUGCCCGCACUGGGGCGAAGAGGAAGAAAAUGACUUCUGUUCAAUGCAGUGUGUGCUCUGCGCGUAUUAUUUCUGAAACCGAUCGGAUUUAUUGUUUCGGUGGCUGUAAUCAAGUGCUUCAUAUGAAAUGUUCUGAUCUGGGCAGUGCUUGUUUGGGUUUGAUGCAAAAAAAUAUUGGCUUGAAGUAUAUGUGUUUCGACUGCCGUAAACAUCAAACUACGCUUAACGAUGUGUUAAAGAUGUGUUCUGAACUGCUAUGCAAAAUUGAUUUGCUGUCCACCGCUGUGAAUAAUCUUGAACCGAAAUUUUUGGACACGAUUAAAUCGCAAUGCCAAGAAGUAGAAGACCGCGUAGUACUGCGUAUUGAAUCUACUUUAGAGAAUGUUGCUCAAACUGAAGAAACUUUUGCUACAGUCACUCGUUCCGGAAAAAAUUCAAAACGAAAAGCCACUGAUUUACCAAGCAAUGACAAUACAACGAAUCUUACUGACAAUAGUGGACUGUUGAGAUCCGGCAAGAGACGUAAAACGGUUUUUCUAAAAACCGAUAAAGCUAACACCAAGACUAGCCACAGUUCAGAAUCAACAAGCAGCCUGCCUAGUACUGAAGUAGCAUGCAAUGAAACUAUCAUGAAAAUGAAGCAAACUGUUCUGUUUAAGCCGAAGAAAACCCAGCCGAUUGAAGCAACAAAACAGAUAAUUCGCGAAAAAUUCGACCCAGUUACCUUUUCUGUGAAAGAAGUACAAUACCGCAAUACCGGAGAAGUUUCAGUACGUUGUGACUCGAAUGAGCGUGCACUAAAACUGAUAGAUAGUGCCAAAACUUUGUUGCACGAGAACUACGACAUCGAACUGCUGAGACCACUACGACCAAGAUUAAAAAUUGUCGGCAUUACAGACGAAUUAUCAGAGGAGGAAAUCGUUGAAAAAAUCAAACUGCAAAAUAAUUUACCUGAGACAAGUUAUUUGAAAGUUAUCAGAGUGCUGAACAAACAAACCCGGAACAAUAGUGGAUUAACAGUAAUAGCGGAAACCGAUGCUCUAUCGUUUUACCAAUUGACAAAAUUACAACGAAUCAACAUCGGCUGGGAGCGGUGUAAAGUUUUUGAAGUUGUUGACGUCAUGCGCUGCUAUAAAUGCUCCGAAUAUGGACAUAAGGCGGCAACAUGCGUGAAACAGCUGUGUUGCCCAAAAUGCGCGGAGGCUCACGAAGCUAACGAAUGUGUUUCUGAUAUUGCCAAAUGCAUUAAUUGUCACAACCAGAAUGAGAAUUUGAAUGCUUUAAACACCGAGAAACUUGAUAUCAGUCAUCACUCUUGGAGUUCACAGUGUCCCCUUUACAAAAAGCGACUAGAAAAAGCCAAACUUAGAAUUGAUUACACUAUCUAG